AUGGUGAAGUUAUGGAGUCUCUUGGUGCUGAUCAGCACCGCAGCAUGUCAGCAUGUCGCUCAGCCGGAAGUGCCCGAGCCCCCGGUGCUGGACCCCGACGAGUGGUGGGGUCCGGAGGACACGCGGUACACAUGCAAUACAACGAUCAGACCAUUCACUGUUAAAUUCCUGCCAGAGGUGAUUUACGAUCUCAAAUCACGUCUUAGAAAUCAUCGCGCCGUGGUUCCACCACUUCGAGGGAUCGGCUUCCAGUACGGCUUCAACCAGCAACAGGUAGACCCCUGGGUGCAGUACUGGACGGAGCAGUACGACUUUAAGCAGAGAGAGAAGUUUCUGAACAAGUUCCCACAGUACAAAACGAACAUUCAGGGUCUGGAUAUACACUUUAUCUGGGUGAAAAGUGGAUGGGUGCCUGCCGGAGUGACCUGCGUGCCCCUGCUCAUGAUGCACGGCUGGCCAGGGUCUGUGCGCGAGUUCUAUGAAGCUAUUCCUCUCCUGACCACACCGACCGACGGUGUAGUCUUCGAACUGGUAGUUCCGAGCUUACCUGGAUAUGGUUUUUCGGAUGGAGCAGUUCGUCCUGGAAUGGGACCAGCGCAAAUUGGAGUGGUCCUCAAAAACCUGAUGAACAGACUCGGGUACAAAAAGUUUUACAUCCAGGGCGGCGAUUGGGGUGCUAUCGUCGGCAACGCAAUGGCCACGAUGUACCAGAAGGAAGUGCUGGGGCUUCAUUCGAAUCAGUUAAUAAUAAUGGACAGCGGCACAGAGGUGCAAACUCUAAUAACCGGCGUGAUGGCAGCCAUGCAGCUCCAGUCCAAUGAGUUCGACCCGAUAUUGUCAGCAGUCGUGGAGGAGACUGGUUAUAUGCAUAUAUUGGCUACUAAGCCCGAUACUGUAGGUAUUGGCCUCUCAGAUAGUCCAGUCGGUCUGAUGGCAUUCAUACUGGAGAAGUUUUCGACGUGGACGCAUUUAGAGGAUCGCUCGCUGAAGGAUGGCGGACUCUCGCUCCACUUCACCAGAGACCAAUUGAUCGAUAAUCUCAUGAUUUACUGGAUCACCAACUGCAUCACCACUUCAAGCAGAUUGUAUGCUGAAGCUUUCAGCAAUGCGUACCGAGCCUUGGGAAUCGAUGAGUUCCCUACUGAAGUUCCAACCUGGAAGCUGGAAGCGGAAAACGAAAAUAUAUUCGUCCAGGAAGUAAACAUGAAGAAGUUUCCAAAUUUGAUGGGAAUUACAAGAACUGCAGCUGGCGGCCACUUCCUCGCCUUCGAGCUGCCCAAAAUCUUCGCUCAAGAUGUCUUCAAAGGUGUCAAAGCUUUCAGAAAAUUCCAUGAAGAUAAUAAAAACUGUAAAUGUUAA